UCAGUUCUACUUCUUGGAUUCCAAGACUUGGAAUGGCAUCUUGCGUUGAUCUUCUUCAUAUUUCACUGUUUUGAUUUCCGUGGUACAUUAAAUUAUGGAAUUAAGCAGUGAGCAAGUAAAAAGGUUUAAUGAUGAUGGUUAUUUAAUUGUACCCAAUGUUUUCAACAACGAGGAGUGUCAGGCCUUAAGAGAUGAAUGUAGAAAAAUAGUGGAUGAACUUGAUUUGGCUCAGCAUCCCAGAACAGUAUUUAAAACAGGGAAACAGAGAAAGUCUACAGAUGAAUAUUUCAUGACUAGUGCUGACAAAAUCAGAUUUUUCUUUGAAGAACAUGCUUUUGAUGAUAAUGGAAAACUUUGUGUUGAGAAACAUUUAUCUUUAAAUAAAGUUGCACAUGCUCUCCAUGCUCUUAAUCCAACAUUCAAAAAGAUCACUUUUGAUGAACGAGUAAAGGCAACAAUAAGAUCACUUGGAUUUAAGAAGCCUUCUAUUUGCCAAAGCAUGUAUAUUUUCAAGCAACCACGAAUCGGUGGAGAAGUUUCUCCCCAUCAAGACGCAACAUUCCUUCACACCAUUCCGCAAAAUCUUAUUGGAAUAUGGAUUGCUCUGGAGGACUGCACUAUCGAAAAUGGUUGCCUUUGCUUCUUGCCAAAGUCACACAAUGACAAAGUCGUGCGACGUUUUGUCCGUGACCCUGAUUCAUCUGAACACGCCAUGACAUUUAAAGGACCAGUAAUUGAUUACGAUUUGAGGAAGUUUGUUCCGGCUGAAGUAAAGACAGGAACUAUGGUGGUAAUUCAUGGCAAGGUUAUACACUAUAGUGCCCCUAAUACCUCUGACCGUUCACGUAACAUCUAUACCUUUCAUAUUGUGGAGGAAGAAAACACUAAAUGGAGCGAGGAAAAUUGGUUGCAGCCAACUGAAGAUUUACCAUUCAUGCCGUUGUAUGGUUGAUAGUAGUUAUUAGCUGAAAUACUUCUCUUUGACAUAAAGUGAAUGGUUUGAAUCCGAGAGUGUAGUUACGUGUUUUGUAGAUCUCCCAGAAGGCUAGUGUAGUCCUGAGAAGAACUGUUGUAAGAUGUCGGUAGUUGUUGUGAUGUGAUCAGGUCAUUGCGUUUUCUUUUUGAGUUGGUUUACCAGCUUUUUAACUAAAGUCGUUGCUUGUAGUCGCUAUACUGUACGUAAUCAAUGCACUUUGCUGAGUCCCAGGCAAUGUUAUGUUUUGUUAUGUUCAGUGUAUCGUAUGUGUUCCUUCCAGUCUCAGCGAUAUAUAGGCAUGGCAGUCAGAGCAGUUUAUUUUGUACCUUGAAUCUCUGUCCUUGACGUUCGUCAGGAUUUGUCGUAACGUUGUAAUCGGUUUAACUGCUACCGCCGCCACACUUAUGUUGUAUGGUCAUUUCCUAUGUUUACACGAUACAACAACACCGACUAAAGACAACAACUUACGUUAGAAAUUUGGUGUACCAACUUAAAACAAAAUCCGCUGAACGGAUAACAACAAUAAAAAGCACCUUACAAACGACAUCUUCACAACCUCGAACAACCCGACGUUUAUUCCUCACGUGACACUGAAGAUGACUACAGCUAAGUUUGUCAAAACAUCAGUGAUAAGUCAUCAUCGAAAGUCCUUCUAAAUACUCCAUUAACCCAUAAGAUCUAGAUCCAUUAGUCCAUUAACCCAUACGAUGUAGAUUUACUAACAUUUCUUUGACAUGUUUCUUGGUGGUAGUGAACAAGAUUUUAUAACAGUCCAUUUGGCUGAAAAGCAUAAUAUAGUGCCAUACAUCAACUUGGGUGUUUUUAGCUGAUCUUAAUUCAAAUUUCGUUCAUAUGAAAGAAUCAACUAUUUCUAUGACAUUUACAUGUGUGUACAUACAACAUGGGUACCAGUAUGUUUAGUCAUGCUAUGAAUAUUUUUCAAUGAUUGGUCACUAUGAAAACAAUGGACUUCCACAGAAAUGAACAAUGACAAUGUUCAGAAAUCCUCAUUGCAGGACUAAAUUUGGAGGCAUGCUACUUUCUGUACGUGUAUAUAAAUAGAAAUAUACUUAUACUAUUGUGUUUACAAAUAAAUUAUACUGAAAUAGA